AUGGGCUCCUUCUUCAGUAGUCUUUGGGAGUUUUUUAGUCCCUCACGCCCUUACAAACUUCUUAUUCUUGGCCUCAAUAACGCAGGGAAAACAUCUAUACUUUAUCAUCUCCAGCUUGGUCACGCCAUCAGCACGCAACCAACACUUGGAGGUAAUACGGAGCAGUUGGUUAUCACACAUGGUUCAAAUAAUAAUAAUACGAUACAAGUAAAUUGCUGGGACCUUGGUGGACAAGAACAGCUACGAGACUCAUGGCGUCUCUACUAUGAUCAUACUGAUGCAGUAAUAUUUGUAGUAGACGCUGCUGAUCCAGUACGCUUUCAAACAGCAGGGAAGGUACUACGAGGUCUUUUAAAUGAUGAGCCGCAGCUGCGACAGGCAGUAUUGCUCGUGCUAGCAAACAAGCAAGAUUUGCCCGGAGCGGCAAGUCCGGCAGAACUAAUAAACGCAUUAAAUUUGGGUGCAAUAAAAGACCGUACGUGGACCUUGAUGGGAUGCAGCGCAUCCACUGGUGAUUCCCUUCGGGAAGCAAUGGCUUGGGUGGCGCAAAAAGUGACGGAACAAGCAAGCACAGCAACUGUUUGA